AUGUCGUGUAUAUGGGAGCACAUACUCAUGGUCCAGACGUUACACAACAAGAUUUGGAAUUGGUAGAGAAUUCUCAUCAUAAUUUUCUGGCUUCAUUUGUUGGAAGUCAAGACAAAGCAAAGGAAGCAAUAUUUUACUCAUACCAGAUGAAUAUUAAUGGUUUUGCGGCAAUUCUUGAUGAUGAGCAAGCAGCAGAGAUUGCAAAACACCCGGGAGUUGUUUCUGUGUUCCCGAAUAAAGCGAGGAAAUUACAAACAACAAGGUCUUGGGAUUUUAUGUUGCUUGAAAACAAUGGUGAAAUCCAUUCGGAUUCAGCGUGGAAAAAGGCUAGAUUUGGGGAAGAUACUAUCAUUGCAAACCUUGACACUGGGGUUUGGCCUGAAUCAAAGAGCUUUAGUGAUGAAGGAUAUGGACCUGUUCCUUCCAGAUGGAAAGGUGGUUGUGACAGUGAGAAUGACGGUGUCCGUUGCAAUAGGAAGCUUAUUGGAGCAAGGUAUUUUGACAGAGGAUUCAUUGCCGCUGGGGGGAAUGUCACGGAAGCAUUAAGCUCUCCACGUGAUGUCGCUGGCCACGGAACUCACACGCUGUCAACGGCUGGUGGCAACUUUGUUCCAGGAGCAUCCGUCUUAGGCUUAGUCAAUGGAACAGCUAAAGGUGGAUCACCAAAGGCGCGAGUAGCUGCUUACAAGAUUUGCUGGGGUAACUGCUACGAUGCUGAUUUACUAGCAGGCUUUGAUAUGGCUAUUCAUGAUGGUGUUGAUGUCCUGUCUAUCUCGGUUGGUGGAGAUGCUGGAGAUUAUUUCAGUGAUGCAAUUGCCAUUGGAUCCUUUCAUGCUAUUCAAAGUGGUAUCGUCGUGGUUUGUUCUGCUGGUAAUUCUGGUCCUGAUGUAGCGUCUGUUUCAAAUGUUGCACCAUGGAUUGUUACUGUUGGAGCAAGUACUAUGGAUAGGGAGUUUCAAGCUUUUGCUGAGCUUCGAAAUGGGCAGAGAUUUAAGGGUUCGAGCUUAUCAAAACCUUUGCCAGAUGACAAGCUUUAUCCACUCAUAUCUGGUGCUCAGGCGAAAACUGCCAAUGCAUCUGCUGCAGACGCUAUGCUCUGCCUGGCAGGCACAUUGGAUAAAACUAAAGUACAGGGAAAAAUCGUGGCAUGUCUUCGUGGUGGUAAUGCAAGAGUGGCAAAAGGCGUGCAAGCAUUACUUGCUGGAGCUGCAGGGAUGAUCCUUUGCAAUGACAAAGGUAGCGGCAAUGAGAUUAUAGCUGAUCUUCAUGUCCUUCCAGCAACACAACUAACCUAUACAGAUGGGGCUGCUGUUUUGGCCUAUAUCAAUUCAACUGCUGAGCCUUAUGGUUACAUCACUCAUCCAGCAGUUGUUCUAAAUACCAAGCCAGCUCCUUAUAUGGCUGCCUUUUCAUCCAGAGGUCCAAAUCCUGUUACACCUGAGAUUUUAAAACCUGAUAUCACAGCACCAGGAGUGAAUGUCUUAGCUGCAUACUCUGAAGCAGUUAGUCCAACAGAAGAACCAUGGGAUAAGCGUAAAGUUUCCUUUAUGUUAGACUCGGGUACUUCUAUGUCUUGCCCUCAUAUAUCUGGGGUUGCUGGCCUUCUCAAAACUCUUCACCCCACUUGGAGCCCUGCUGCAAUAAGAUCUGCUAUAAUGACUACCGCGAGAGUCAAAGAUAACACAGAGAAGCCAAUGCUGGAUGCAUCUUUCACUAGAGCCGACCCAUUCGCCUAUGGAGCAGGACAUGUUAGACCAAACCGUGCCAUGGAUCCUGGGCUAGUCUAUGACUUAACCACACGCGAUUAUUUAGAGUUCCUUUGCUCACUUGGAUAUAACCAAACAAUGAUCCAGUCUUUUGAUCCUUCCUACAAAUGUCAAGCAUCAAACACUACAAAUAGUGGCCUUUUGAACUUCAACUACCCUUCAAUCACAGUGCCUAAACUUUCUGGCUCAGUCACUGUCACUCGAACAGUUAAGAAUGUGGCAGAGGCUUCAACUUAUGAAGCUCGUGUGAACCAACCACAGGGCGUUGAGGUUACUGUGGAACCGAAGUCUUUGCAGUUUACGAAAGCUGGAGAAGAGAAGAGUUAUAAGUUGACCUUAACAGCUCAAGCUGGUGGCUUGCCUGCAGGAUACGUUUUCGGAGAGUUGAUAUGGUCAGAUGGAAAUCACUUUGUUAGGAGCCCCAUUGUUGUUGCUGCAACAGCUGCUGCUGCUCCUCCUGCUACUAAUAAAUCAAACUUUGCAAACUAGUUCAUUUAUUUAUAUCCUCUAGGAUAUUAUACAGAGUAUUUCGUAUGAUUACAUUGUUAAAUAUUUUUGGUGUACAUUUGUUUUAGACAAUUACAUCAAUUUUAUUGUAAUUUCUUAGAAGAAAUUAGAAAUGAUACAAUUGAUCAAAUAAU